AUGGGAAGUAGUUUAUGUUGCAUUAAUAAUGAUUUGAAAAAUAGUAAAUCAAACAUAGAUAUAUAUAGACAUGACCCCAGAGAAAUAUAUGGAGAUUAUGGUGACUGGACGUUAGAAAGUUGGAUAGACAAAUAUAAAAAUGGGAAUGCGAUUAAGGUUGCAUUUCCUGAUGGUAAUGAAAUACAAUGCCAUUUUAAAAUUUUUCUAAAGGAAAAGUGCUUUGAGUUAUCAUUAGAUAAUAAAGUUAGAGUUAUAAAAUUUAAUGAUAUUAACUGUAUACUUCACAGAAAUAGUUGUGAAUCGUUAUUAGAAUCAGAACAAAAUUUAUUAAAGUCUCCUAAAGUUAUAGGUAUCCGUUUAAUAAGCACUCUUAAAGCUAUUGCAUUUGCUAUGGACAGCCCAGGAGAAGCAAGAAUGUUUUAUGAAUUUAUAGAAAAAUACUGUUUCAAUGAUUAA